GUGUGUGUGUGUGUGUGUGUGUGUGUGUGUGUGUGUGUGUGUGUGUGUGUGUGCGUGGGGGGUGCCCUCCCUUUGCCCUCCACUCUCUUCGCGUUAAGCCCCCCUACACCUCACCAGCUUAGUCCCGGACCUCGCCCACUCUCACCUGGCCCCGCCACCGCACCCUGACCACGCCUCCUCCUUCGCCGGGCCCCGCCCCAGGUUGCCCAGGUAUCCUGGGCCUCUCCUGGUGCCGGCUUAUUCCCCAGCUGCCCAGUGUUAAGCGGGGACGCUCCGCCAGCCCUCCCGUGCCCAGCGUCAGGAGCAGCCUCCUCCCCCUGAGUCCAUGGUCGUGUUGGGGCCUCGAGCCCUUCGGGCUGCGCUCUGCAGCGGCUGCUGCCUCCUGCUCUGUGCCCAGCUUGCAGCAGCCGGUAAAGGAGGCAGAGGCUUGGGCAGGGGGGCCCUGCUCGGCCUUAACAUCUGGGGCACUGCUGCUGUUGCCGAAUGCAAACAGCUGGAAUCCUGCAAGCGAUGCGUGGAAGGGGAACCUGCUCGAAACCUCUCAGGCUGUGUGUGGGAACACUGUGGGGGUGAGGAGCCAGGACAUGGGCACUGUGUAGCUCGGGAAGAAGAGGCCAAGGAAGGCUGCUCUAUCUAUAACCACACAGCUCUGUGCCCAGCUGCUCCACCACCACCCACCCAGGAAUCAAAGGCAUUCACAUCAGGCAGCCCUGCCACUGUCCCACCUCUGGACUCCCAUACUCCUGGCUUUGAUGGGGCUAGCUUUGUUGGGGGCAUCGUGCUGGUGCUGAGUCUACAGGCUGUAACCUUCUUCCUCGUCCGUUUUAUCCGGGUCAAGGAUAACACCUAUCAAGCACUAGAGGAGAACCAGUAGGUCCUGGCCCAAGGAAUGGCCUGCUUGGCCCCUCCUAGGGGACCUGACCCUUUCCCUGGUUACUAGAGAGGGACCAAUGUUUGCAGUUUGCUUUGUUUUAGGAGUUGAAGAGGAGUAAGGCCCCACCUCCCUGCACUGAGCACCUGUCCUGGGGAGGGAGGGGGACAAUCUUUCCCAGCCACCCCCUCCAAAAAUUGGGGAAAGGCUGGAGACAGGAGAGGCCAGCCCCCUCUCCUGUAGCCCCUACCUGGUACUCCCCAUUCCCUCCCCUAGGCCUCAAUGGGGAGGGAUGGAUCUUGGUGUGUGGUGCUGUGUGCUGUGGUAUGAAGCCGGGCCUGAGGGGCUGCCUGGCACUGGGGGCCUGGGGCAGGGUCUGCUUCUGAAGCCCUGUACCCAGAGCCUGUAUUAUAUAACCUACCACCUUGCUCUCCUGGGCCACCAUCUCUUUGUUGAGGGAAUUAGGGACUGCUGGGACCCCAGGGUGGGGCCUUCUGGGGCUGAACUUUUGCCAGACUCUUCAUCCCCAUCCCUACCUCCCAGCAGACUCAGGGUAAGGGUGGAGGGUGGCCUACUGAGCCCAGGGAAGCUGUUCUUCUCCUCUAUCCCCUCCCCCCAAUUGAAUAUUUUCUCCAUCCCAUGAUCUCCGUCAUAGGAUCUGACCACCAGGACAAGAUGGAGUGGGGGGGGGGCGGCAGAGGCAGUAGUACCAGGCCCUUGUGACCUCAUGUGCCCUCAGCCCUACUUCCAUCUGAGAAAGGGGGGAUGGACCCCAAAUCCAGAGGGAGAGAAGGUCAAGCUUUGGAAGAUACCUUCUGCCUACUCCUUCUGGCUCUGAGGCUAGCAGAGGUGGCUUCAUCAUACCCACUGACCCUACCUGAAGGCCGCUAUCCUCCAAUAAAGGAACUCCUCUCUGGGCUGUGAUCACUCUUCCUGAAUUCUAGAGAGGGGGCAUAUGGGGGUGAGGUGGGCUAGGGUGGGGUGUUACUAACUCUGGACUCCUUCAAGGCAGAGAGAAGGGAAAGGCAACUGUUCACUCCAGGAAGAGGCACCUGGGCCUGUACCACCUAUAGGGUCUAGUGGACUGGGGCCAGGGGAGGGACUUGAGGGUGGGGAGAGAUUGUAGCUGAGGAGCUAGGGGAGAGAAAGAUUGUGGGUAUGUGGGGGUAGAACAGAGCAGAAGGCAAGACCAAAACUUAACCCUCCUAGGGCCAAGCCUCCAUGCUAGACCCCCUUCUCAGUUUUUGUCCUGAUGCAGAGACCUGCCAGAGCCCUGAUCUCUCCCUCCUAAACACUAGUCUCACAUUAAAAAUAACUUUAAAAA